UGUCAAAACACAGCCAAUUGUUUAGAUCUUUUUUUCGCUAGUUUGUGUUAUUCUUCUAGUUAAAUAUCCUAAUUUCCUGUCAAAAUAUCAUGGAAACGUAUCCCGACAAAUAUUUUGGAGAUCUUUACAUAGCUGGCAGACCGGGAGAGACACUUCGCAAUAUAAUUGGGAGCCCGAGCCUCAACGAACGAGAGCUCUACACAAAGGCAUUCGAAUACAUUCUACAAACAGAGUCGCCCGAAGUGAUAGCACGACAAAAAGAUGAAAUUUUAGCAACAUUAGAACAAUUUUCACAUUCAGGAGAAAUCAAAAUCCGAGCGAACUUGGCGGAUAAUUUGAUCAACCUUUGUUCAUCAUGUGUGACACAAUUGGAUCAAAGUUCAAGCUCCUUCGGGUCUGGAUUGUUGUGCACAGUGUUGGGAAUUGCUCUGAGAUACUUGUCUGAUUCAAUCAAAGUAACAGGAGGUGCCUACAAAACGAUCAUCUAUCUAAUCGAGAACGGAUUUCUCGAUGCGGCAAUAAUCGAACGUGCUGUUUGCCCCGUUGUCCUCGAGCUAUGCGACACGGAUCCCCUCACGAAGGAACCAAGCGAUCGUCAUGCAAAUGCCGUUGGUAUUAUUGCUAAAAUUGCUCCGAUUAUUGGACAACAGAAAACUCACGACUUGUUUUACGCCAAAUUCAUUGAGAUAUGCAAGAGUCACGUGUACUUUAUUCGCAAACAUUGUGCCAAAGUCUUUCCAAUUUUGUGCGAAGUUUUGGGAACGGCAACCACGGAGGAGAAAAUGCUUCCGAUUUUUAUAAGACUGUGCGAGGAUGAGAUUUGGGGCAUUCGGAAGGCGUGUGCGCAAGUUUUGCCCCAGAUGGCGUUGCUUGUGACGCUCGAGAGUCGCAGGAAAUAUUUGGUGCCCGUCAUGAAAAAGUUCAUUUUUGAUGAUAGCGAAUGGGUUAUCGUUACAGCGUUGAGGAGUCUCGGACAAUUCAUCGCUGCCUUCGCUCAACCCCAAAUCUACGGUCUCGCAUACGAUUAUUGCUUGGAUUUGUUCAUCACGAAUGCCGCAGAUGAGAAUUUCCGAAAUCCCGGACAACAACAUCAGCAACUUUUAUACGGAAAUCAACCCAAUGCUGCUGUAAUUCUUCACAAUUUGGAACAAUACGAGCGAAAAUUGGAAGAAUCGAUUCCGCCGCUCGCCCAAAGUUACGUGGAUGCCUUAAAAUCGCAAGAGGAAAAGACAAAUAUCGAGCAAUUUUUAUUCAAUAUCGUGUAUGCGAACCAAAUGGAUCCCCGUGAUCGCCGAAGCAGCGCAACUAGUGUCUCCGAGUCCGAUGAUACGGGAAUUUCUGUGUUGUCGGAGAGCACGAGUGGCAUCGGGAGUGACAUCUACAAGCGAUAUGAUACGCGAAAAAUGUAUGCGACACAACCACCGUCAUAUGGCGAGAAACCAAAGGCACCUGCGAGCAUCACGGAAGAUGAUGUCUUGGGGAAAUUCAUGAAAUUCUGUUCGCCGUUGAAAAAUAACUUUAUCGAUGGGCCCAUGAUGGAUUAUUCGCCGCAUACGAGAAAUUUUCAAGGCGAUAUGGAUAUGGAUUUGCAUCCGAGACUUUCGCGAAACGAUUGGGACAUCUUCGAUAGCGGCAAUUCGAGUAACAGUCGGAUGUCGUUCGGCAAUACGUAUGACUUGAGUAACAAAUCACAAAUGUCUUCCAGCAACAACAGUCAAGAGUCGUCGUCGUCACUUGACGAGGUGCAAUUACAACCGCUUCCGCCGCCAUUGGAGGAGGAUUCAGCCAAGGGAAUGGAGGAAGACAGUACAAACAACAAUCAGACGCCCGAAAAUACGUCGAAUAAUAAUGCACAAGGCACAACCGAGAAAAAUCUCGUCGAUAAUAACAACGAUAAUGUCUUCUUGGAUGACGAUGCGGCAAAUCUUCCGCCUCCGCCGCCAAUUCCGCAGUCAGAAACACCCCCGAACAAGACUUCCGAGGACCUUUCGGAGCUCGAUGAGUUCAAUUCGCAUCGUUAUUGGUACAUCCCGCCGCCCGAAGUUGUUCCCGAUCUCAAUUUGGUCAACUCCAAUACGCCAAGUGCUUCGGUUGACAUCAAAGAAGACCCCGCCUCGGAACUAAAACGUUCGCCAUCUGCUGAUUCAACGAUUUUAAUUGCAAGUGACAUGGAUGACACGCUCGAUAACACGGCGCUUUCGACAACGAGCGAGAAAAAAAAGUCCCGCAUGAGUUCCACGGACUUUUAUAACCCGGAUUUGACGGAAACUGAAUGGAGUUUGGUCGAAGAUUACAUUCACUUUUCCUCGAUUGACAACGAGAUGAUGUACCAAUGUGCUUAUUACUUCCCCGCUGUCAUUUUUACGCUCGGCAAGAGCUUUUGGCCUCUCAUGCAGUCCCAUUUUAUCGAGUUAUGCUACAAUUUGGAGACGUCAGUGCGCAAAACGAUGGCAGCAAGUAUCGCCCAAAUUGCGCUUUUGAUAGGCAGGGAACACACGACACGUGACUUGGUUGCUCCGUAUUUGGAAUUUUUCCGUGAGGCGGAUGAGAUUAAGAUGGAAGCUGUUAAAGCGAUGCCGACUUUUAUUAAAGUUGUUGAUCCGCAAGAGCACGAUCGGAUUUUGAGUCAACUGGGAAUGUGUUUGACGCCUCCGUUUAAGAAAGUUAAUUGGCGAUUGCGGGAAAUUGUUGGGCAACAAAUAAUUCAGCUUGUGAAGAUACAUGAGCAGAUCAACAAGGAGCAUUGUUUGCUGUAUUUGUUGGGAACGGCGAUGAAAUUGAUGACGGAUAAGUAUGAUUGCGUGCGAAAAGUGGGCGUUGAUGCGUUUGUCGAGAGCUUCCGGUAUGCCAAAGAGCAGCAGCAGCAACAACAAGUCCUGAAGUUUUUCAGUGAUUAUUUUGCGCAUCACAUUAACUGGAAGCGGCGUCAACUUUAUAUCAUUGCCGUCGAUAAAAUGCUCAUGACAAAUGCCGUUGAUGCAGAAAUAUUCCACAAACACGUUUUAGAAUAUUUGCUCAACCUAUCGACACAUCCCGUGCCCAAUAUUCGACUUUAUGCUGCAAAGUGUCUCAGUUAUACCGUAUUAGCAUGCUCAUAUUUCUCUCAAGAAUCCUUACACGAGAUGAUCGGUUUGCGCGUUUACGAAUUGAAGCAAGAUAAGGACCGAGAUGUGCGCGAAAACACAACUUUAACGAAUGUCAGCGAAGAAGUCCUCAAAUUGUCAGCAAUGUUGAACAAAAUGAACGCCUUGGAGAUACCGACAGAUGGAGAAGGCGCCGCCGCCGCAGCAGCAAAUGUCGAUCCAACCGAAGCAAAUGCGACGUUAGACACGACAACGACUUCCGAGGGUUCCGACACCAUCAUUCACAGUCUCUUGGAUAAGUUUUUGGAGGACCAAACGGAAAAAACUGACGAAUUGCCAAAAAAUGAUGAUGACUCAAAAGACGAAGAAAAAGAAGUUCAGGAGGAAAAAGAAGAACCAACUGCGACAACUGCUGAAGAAAAGGAGCCAGAAAAUGUCACCGAUCAAGAAGAAUGGUAGAAAAAUGAAAACUAAACAAUAUCUGUGAUUCAAGAAACAAACAAACAAACAAAAAAUUCGGUCCUCCUUUUGAGUUUAAAAAACGCAACUGAUGUUUUUUUUUGUUGUUGUCGCAAUCGUGUGCGAAUUUUUUUAGUCAAAAUUUUUAACUCUAACAUUGUUUUUCUGUAAAUCGGUCACUAAUCAUUGUCCUUCGUUACUUUCCCUUUUAAACAAACAAAAAAAUAUUAUUUUAUGUAUACAAAAACACACACAUCCAAAACAAGCCAAUAUUAAAAAAUAGCCCCUAAGUGAAAAAAAAAAUAAAUCGAUCCAAUUCAAAUAGUGAUAAGAACAGUUUUUUAUCCGUAACUAGCAAAAAUUAAUCGUAAAAAGUCUUUGAUACAAUAAAAAAUUAAAUAAAAAUAAAUAAAAUUUUGUAACGAUUCGUAAAUUUAAAAAAAAAAUAAAGAAAAUGAAAGGAAAUCAGAAUCAACCUUUAAGACUUAAUACAAGUUUGCCUAAUUUUUUAUCAAAAAC